AUGGAACGGCUUAAGCUUCCUAGAGACAGCCACGCCAACACCUUUGGGGCUCCAUGGAGCCACCUUGAGACCGCGCACGAUAAGCCUACGACCCGUCGACUGGAAGAGUUGUGUAGGAGAUUCUCUCCAGGUUUUUUGUUUUUAUCAGAGACAAAGAAUGAUCGUUUUUUUCUGCAAAAUAUGCAAGUAACUCUUGGAUUUGAAAACCUCCACACUGUCGAACCUAAGGGUAAUAGUGGAGGUCUAGCUCUUUUGUAUUCUAAGGAUUUUCCGGUUAGGAUUUUAUUCUCUGAUGAUCGACUUAUUGAUAUUGAGACUAUUAUCGAUGGAAACCGUGUUUUUAUGUCAUUUGUGUAUGGUGAUCCUGUGGUUAAAAACAGAGAGUAUGUGUGGGAGAGAUUGAGUAGGAUAGGUACUGAUCGUAUAGGUGCUUGGUUUAUUGCCGGAGACUUUAACGAGAUAACCGGCAACCAUGAAAAGAGUGGCGGAAAGCGCCGCUCCGAGACCUCCUUUCUCCCAUUCCGAGCGAUGAUAAAUUGUUGUGGCUUCAUUGAAUUCCCGUUCACGGGAAACCAAUUCUCUUGGGCGGGUAGGCGGCGGAAUGGUUUAAUCCGCUGUAGACUGGAUCGAGCAAUGGGCAAUGAAGAAUGGCACAACACUUUUUCCCACACCCAGGUGGAGUAUAUGAAGAUGUGGGCCUCCGACCAUAGACCUCUUCUGAUAUCUAUUCAAAAUAAACCAGCGCAACCCCGUAGGAGCUUCCUCUUUGACAAACGAUGGCUUGAUAAGCCAGGGCUGCAAGAUGCAGUGAGCGAGGGCUGGAAAGCUUCCCGCCAUGCGGCUACCUCUGCUCUCGUCAGUUGUAUUCAAAAUUGCAGACAGGUCAUCUCUAAAUGGAAAAAGGGUACAAAAACGAAUUCAGAGAAGCUGAUAUUAGAGAUCCAGGACCAGAUAGAUCAAGCUAACAAUGAUGAAAACUUUUCCACCGAGAUGCUUAUCGAGUUAAAGAAGAAGCUUAGUGCAGCGUAUAUGGAAGAAGAACAGUAUUGGCGUGUGAAAAAUAGUGCACUCCGGGACGUUCCCGCGUUGGUCACGGCCUCAAUGAACGAGGCACUUACCAAAGAAGUAACGGUUGAAGAAGUUAAGAGGGCUCUCUUCUCUCUUCACCCGGACAAAUCUCCCGGGCCCGAUGGGAUGACGGCUUUAUUUUAUCAAAGAUUUUGGGAUACUAUCCGUCUUGAAUUGGUUGCGACGGUACAAGAUUUCUUUAGCUCAAGCUCGUUUGAUAGCAAGCUAAAUGAAACGAACAUAUGUCUAAUCCCUAAGGGAGAGAGACCUAGAGAGAUGGCUGGCUUUCGGCCCAUAAGCCUUUGCAAUGUGGCGUAUAAGGUCAUCUCUGAAAUCUUGAGCAUCCGAUUGAAGAAAUUCCUUCCGGAUUUAAUAUCUGAGACUCAGUCUGCUUUUGUUGCAGGUCGACUAAUUACAGAUAACAUUCUCAUUGCUCAAGAGAACUUCCACGCACUUCGAUCAAAUCCAGCAUGUCGUAAGAAUUUUGUUGCGAUUAAGACAGACAUGAGUAAGGCUUAUGAUCGGGUGGAGUGGGAUUUUCUGCGAGCAUUGAUGGUGAAGAUGGGAUUCGACUCUAGAUGGAUUGAAUGGAUCAUGUGCUGUAUUACCUCAGUUACGUACAAGAUCCUCAUCAACGGCGUUCCGAGGGGGCAAAUUAAACCCUCUCGAGGCAUUCGACAAGGAGAUCCUAUCUCUCCUCAUCUCUUCAUCCUCUGCACAGAAGCUCUAAUUGCUCAAUUAAAGAGUGCGGAAACAGAAGGGAAAAUCGAAGGUAUAAGGAUUGCUAGAGCAAGUCCGGCGACCUCCCACCUGCUGUUUGCGGAUGAUAGCUUAUUCUUUUGCAGAGCAGAUAAAGCCCAAACUAAAGAAGUCAUCGACAUUAUCCACUCUUAUGGGGAGGCUUCCGGCCAAAGAAUUAACUUCUCCAAGUCUUCUAUCAUGUUUGGAAAUGAUAUCCCCCCAGAGAUGCGAUCAGAGAUUAAGACAACCUUAGGGAUUCACCAAGAGGGAGGAAUGGGGAUGUAUCUAGCUAUCCGAUCAAAGCUUAACAGCGCUAUUGCGAGAUUCUGGUGGAGUACUAAGACAAACAAUGGAGGAAUCCAUUGGAUCGCCUGGGACAAAAUUUGUUGCAACUUUGUGGAGGGAGGCCUAGGAUUUCGGAACCUUGAAGCCUUUAAUCUGGCUCUCUUAGGAAAACAGCUUUGGAGGCUGCUAAGGUACCCGGAUUCCUUGCUUAGUAGGGUUUUAAAAGGGAGGUACUUUAAGUAUUGCAACCCAUUGGAAAUCAGUGUAUCGAACCGGCCCUCUUUUGGAUGGAGGAGUAUCAUGGCUGCUCAGCCACUUCUGCGACCGCAUAUUCGUAAGACUAUCAGAUCAGGUUUCGAUACUUGUGUCAGGUCUGAUCCCUGGAUCCCCGACGAACCAGCUCGACCUCCGAAAGGGCUUAACGUCGUUAGAGAUCCCCUCUUAUAUGUCAACUCGCUGAUUGACUUUGAGUCAAAACAGUGGAAAGUAGAGCGCUUGGGUGAGCUCUUUCCACCGGAAGAAAUAAUUUUGAUUCAGAGUAUUCAUCCGAGCCGCUCAGUCUUGAGAGACGGGUUUAGUUGGCCUUUGACGAAAUCCGGUGUUUACACGGUUAAGUCAGGGUAUCAUGUCGCGAGGAGCCUCCCUCGUCCUUCUUGUGAACCCCCUCUUCAGGGUCCAAGUAUCUCAGUACUUAAGGCACAAGUAUGGAAGCUAAAAACUACUCGAAAGACUAAACAUUUCGUGUGGCAAUGCUUAUCUGGCUGUGUUGCAACAUGCCAAAGACUCCUCUCUAGACAUAUUGGGAGAGAAAAGACUUGUCCGCGGUGUGGAGCGGAGGAAGAAACCAUUCAUCACAUGCUCUUUGACUGUCCUCCGGCCCGUCAACUGUGGGCACUCUCUGCGAUUCCUUCGGCACCAGAUAUCUUUUUGUCGCCCUCUAUCUUUGACUGCUUUGACUUCUUAUUCUGGCGGGCUCAAAAAAGGGGAGCUACGGAAGAGUCCCUCCGGAUCUUUCCGUGGAUGGUAUGGUUUACCUGGAAGGCUAGAAACAGGAAGGUCUUUGAAAACAUUGUAGAAGACCACACGCUGAACCACGCAAUUGAAGAGGAAGCGGCAUGGAGGUUGGCAAACUCUGAUGUUAACUCUGAUCCCAUAGUUGCGGGAUCACUGAACACAGCGUUUGUUCCGGCUCCGAGCGUGCUAGUUUGCUUUACGGAUGCUUCAUGGAAGAUUGGUGUCCCCACAAGUGGCUAUGGUUGGGUUCUAGAGCAAGGAGGUGUGUUGCUCCAUUUAGGCCUUCAUGGAGUUAGACGUAGGCAGUCUCCUCUCCAUGUAGAACUCGGCUCUCUAAUCUGGGCGAUGGAAUGUUUAAUAAGGCUCUCCCUGAGAGCCAUUGCUUUUGCCACGGAUUGUCUGGACUUAGUUCAUAUGAUCGAAAACCUCUCGGAUUGGCCGACCUUUGCUUCUGAGUUGGAUGACAUGAUCGAGAUCAAGAAGCGGUUCUCAUCGUUUAGCAUUCGCUAUGUUCCUCGCUUGGAGAAUUCCCGAGCUGACUUCCUCGCGAACAAAGCUCGCUUGAGGGGCUUCUGUUUCGACUUUGUUAACCCAUCGGCUCCCGACUGGCUCUCUAGCAGAAAGUCAACUUCGGUUAAACAGGGAGUAAGCAAAUGUAUAUCUCAUACCUACAAUAUUCACAUAAAGAGAGAAGAACGAGCAAAGCUAAAGGCUUUCAAGUAA